AUGUCUUCAAGACGGGGUCCAUUAACGAACAACCCCAAUGUCGCCAAUUCCCCUCUGCGUGGUGCUUCCGCUUUGGCUGGCUAUGCCAAGCAAAAGCGCUCUUAUGCUACCGUCCAGCGUGAAGAAACCUACGGCCAGCCGCCACCUCUAAAGAAGCAGGUCCUUGAUAAUGGCGUGCAGCGUGCAGUUCGAUCACCAACCCGGUCAACUCGGAGUCAGGUUCUUGUCCAACGCGGUGUCACGCGUCCUGCUACCAAGGAAAGAAUCUCGAGGUCUGCUUCGACGGCUACAACCCGUGACCUCGACACUGAGAAGGAAGCAUGGAAGAGACACCACCGUGCCAAGUUCCCUAAGAUGGUCUUCUACUUUGAAAGUAUACCUGAUGAUGUUCGUGCUCGACUAACAAAGAGGGUGAACUAUCUUGGUGCUAGACAAGAGCCUUUUUUCUCCAUUGCUGUUACCCAUGUCGUGACUACGCGGACAAUCCCACCCGAAAGAGAUGCACAGCAGGAACAUGAUCAACAACAUCACGAUGAGCACCACGAGUCCGAAGAGCAACCACAGACCAUCAACCCCUCGCUAUUGAACCGCAAUACCGAAGCCCGAAGAAAGCUACUGUCCGAGUUCCGGAACGCGCCAUCAAGGACGCAGCAGCUUGAUGACCCUACGAAGCGAACCAGAGGAUCCAAGAACAACGAUGUGCUGCAUAAGGCUCGAGAGAUGGGCAAGAAGAUCUGGUCAUUGGAAAAGUUUCAAAAUAUGCUGUCAGUUUUGCUUGAGGUUGAGACGAGCCAGAGCACACACAACACACGAUCUACUGCCACUCGAAGUCAUUAUGGUACUUCUAGAGAACCUAAUCUUCUUCAGCUGUUGCACAAUGAGCGUCUCAACGGACCUUCGGAUCGUGAUCCUACUGCCGUUCACCGUGAGUUGUGUUAUUUCAAAGGACCUCAUAUCUAUGUGUGGGACAUGGAUGAGAAGAACAAGCCUAUCAUGGUUCGCGAGUACCCCAAGGUCGCCAACAAGGCAGAGGGAGAAUGGCCUCAGUUUCGAAGUGUUGGAAACGGCAGAUGUCCUUUUGUUGAAGACCAAGAUGUUCCUGAUAAGGAACAUCGACGCCAACGAGAACAAGAAAAGGCGCGUCUGGCCAAGCGAGAGGAUCCAGUCCAUGUUCUCAAACCGCCUCAGGCCCCCAUGCCCAAACCGGUAACAGGAAAGCGGACCAUCACCGAGAUGGAGGAUGGCCAGAACAGAGCGCGUGCCGCAACACCGACUGAAAUCUUCAACCCAGCAAGGGCAGUCCUGUCAAAACAAGGGGAUAUCCGACAACAGAACGCUUUUACAAGCCGUGCCGCCACUGGUCGACUGUUUGCUGGCGAGCCCGUGGCUUCUGGCGUGCAGCCAUCCAACAUUACCUCAGCUAUUCGUUCCCAGAUGGUCUCGUCAACAUCUGGCGUCAACGGAGCUAAGGCGGGAACAAGUAAAGAGGUCCAUGGUCUUCAGCGGAAGGUUUUGCAAAAGGCUGCGCCUGCCUCGUUCGACGUGAGCUCGCGUCGGCUUGCUGAGGUAUCAAUGGAUGCUGCCUCUAGCAGAUCAACAACAAUGGGUCGACACACUUCACGACCCGCUGAGGUACAAGAGGAGGAAGCUCAAAAGACUGAGCGGAGGACACAAUCCCAGCCUCUUAAGAGCAAGCGGGACCUCAAGCCUGGUUAUUGCGAGAACUGCCAGGACAAGUUCCGCGACUUUGAUGAGCACAUUCUUUCCCGCAAGCACCGCAAGUUUGCUGAGAACGACGAUAACUGGAUUGAGCUUGAUUCUCUUCUGUCACAGAUCAAGCGAAUGCCCAAGUAUGUGCCAGGGUCCGACGAAGAGGAAGACGGCUGGUAA